AGCUGGAGCGCAGCUCGCAUGGGGGAGUCUAUCCCGCUGGCCGCCCCGGUCCCGGUGGAACAGGCGGUGCUGGAGACGUUCUUCUCUCACCUGGGUAUCUUCUCCUACGACAAGGCCAAGGACAAUGUGGAGAAGGAACGAGAGGCCAACAAGAGCGCGGGGGGCAGCUGGCUGUCGCUGCUGGCGGCCUUGGCCCACCUGGCCGCGGCCGAGAAGGUCUAUCACAGCCUCACCUACCUGGGGCAGAAACUAGGGGGCCAGUCCUUCUUCAGCCGGAAGGACUCCAUCCGCACCGUCUACACUUCGCUGCACAACGAGCUGAAGAAGGUGGUGAGCGGGCGCGGGGCCCCGGGCGGCGCCGCCCCGCACGUGGAGGAGCUGCUGUCGCACCUGUCGGAGCAGCUGUGCUUCUUCGUCCAGGCCCGGAUGGAGAUCGCAGACUUCUACGAGAAGAUGUACACGCUCAGCGCGCAGAAGUUCAUCAACGCGGAGGAGCUCGUCGGCCUGCUGGACUCCGUGCUCAGGAAGUACAGUUCCAGAUUCCACCACCCCAUCCUCAGUCCUUUGGAGAGCAGCUUCCAGCUGGAAGUCGAUGUCCUGAGUCACCUCCUGAAGGCCCAGGCGCAGGUCUCGGAGUGGAAGUUCCUGCCGUCCCUGGUGAACUUACACAGCGCUCACACCAAGCUGCAGACCUGGGGCCAGAUCUUUGAAAAGCAGAGGGAGACCAAGAAACAUCUGUUUGGAGGGCAGUCUCAGAAGGCCGUGCAGCCCCCACACCUUUUCCUUUGGCUGCUGAAACUCAAAAACAUGCUCCUUGCCAAAUUUAGCUUUUACUUCCACGAGGCCCUGAGCCGACAGACGACUGCUUCAGAAAUGAAGGCCUUGACUGCCAAAGCCAACCCGGACCUAUUUGGAAAGAUUUCCAGCUUCAUCAGGAAAUACGAUGCUGCCAACGUGUCCUUAAUCUUUGACAACCGGGGUUCCGAGAGCUUUCAGGGUCACGGCUAUCACCACCCCCAUUCCUACAGGGAGGCUCCGAAGGGUGUGGACCAGUACCCAGCCGUGGUGUCUCUGCCCAGCGACAGGCCCGUCCUGCACUGGCCCAACGUCAUCAUGAUCAUGACGGACCGCACGUCCGACCUCAACAGCUUGGAGAAAGUGGUCCACUUCUACGACGACAAAGUUCAGAGCACCUACUUCCUGACGCGCCCGGAGCCGCACUUCACCAUUGUCGUCAUCUUUGAGUCCAGGAAAUCCGAGCGAGACUCCCACUUUAUUUCCUUCCUCAACGAGCUCUCGCUCGCCCUUAAGAACCCCAAAGUUUUUGCCAGUCUGAAACCCGGGUCCAAAGGCUAGCAGGUGGUUUGUGCAAAAGGUUUGCAAGAUCGGGAGCUGUGUUCUUGAUUGUUCCGAGGGUCCACAGAGCUCUGCCAUGAGAGUUGCCAUCCGUUCCUCCUUCGUUCAGAGCUAAAUUCAAGACAAAUCCUCCCUCCUUGUGUCGCACACUUUCUAAGCAAUUCAGGCCAAUCGAGUUAAGUAUCCAAAGAGUAGUCCAGGAAGUGAUGAUGGCUCCUGUGUCUCCCCGGGACGGCAAAGUGCUUUCAUUCUUUCCUCCUAUUUUCCUGCGUUUCGUGUAGACUGAGUAUUUAUUGGCCUCUGAUUUUUCUUUCCAGAUGUUUUAUGUUGUUCUAAACAUUGUGUUCUAACGCAAUGCCAAACGCCCUCUCCCUCCCCCCCGCCCCAUGAGGAAUUGGGAUAUCACAUGGCCUUUUUAGAAUUAAGGACUGUAUGUUUUCUAUUUCAUAAAUUGACAGAUUAACAUGAAAUUAUUGGUUUUAUGAUUCUGACCUAUAAAUUAAUAUUUUUGAUGCCAAAACUAGGGUCUUGGUGAGAAAUUUCAGUCGGUUAUUGAUGCUGAAGGUGAAGCAGAGCGUUCCGUAGCGUCAGCUCUGAGCUGUUCAGAGCCCCCGCACGCUGCUUCGGUAGCCGUGGGCUCUUUUGGGGCGAUCUACACACCUAACUGCAUUUGCUUUUUUCCUUAUAAAGUUUGAGUUUUUCAUUCUGGUUUAAGGUCAGCCUCAGCCAUUCUGCUGGGUUCUUCAUUCUUCAGCAUAUUAUCUGCUCGGCCUUCUGUUUAUCACCUUUCUGCUGAAAUGUAUGUUCACGGUUGGCUCCACUCCCUGGUUAUUUUUAGGCCGAAAAAGCACGCAGUUUUGGUUUUUCAGCCAGUUUCAGACAUUCACGCGACUUAGCCUACUUUUAUAAAAUCAAAAUGGAAUCGCUGUACUUGCUAAAAAUGAAUCGUGCAUUCUGAAGCCGUCUUCGUAGUUGAGUGACCAGCUCAGUCCUUCAGCACCUCUGCACGCGGGUUCCCUCCUGUCUCCUGCACACUGUUCUUGGAAGAAGUGAUGCAUCUUAGCAUGUGCCGCUCGAGCGCUUCCCUCAGCCGGUGUUCCCAGGGAGGAGACGGAGCUGCGAAGGCAUCGUGGGCUCUGGAGACCUGCACUUACUUUUGGGUAUUGACUCAGAAUAAAAAUCAGCCACAAAGAGUAACUGAGAUGUUACUUUCCGCUGGUUCCUUCAGAGCUCGUGUGCAGUGUCAUGGUCAGAUCGGUCCUGUUUCUCGUGGUUGCACGGAGGCAUUGUUCCAGGGGGCAGCCGCAGCAGGCCGGCCGCAGCGUCGGCCGAGACCAGAGAGCCCCUCCGAGUCCGGGCAGGAGGCCUGCCCGCCUCAGUCAGCACUACCUGGUGGAGGAGCCGCUGACCUAUUUUCUGCGGAGAACAUGUGUUUUUCUUUUUCUUUUUUUAAAAGAAAAAUCAUGAUUUGUAAAAAGGCAUUUUGCUUUAAAUAGAAAGUAGUGAUUUACCUCUGCAUUUUAUUCGCUCAGGUUCUGUAAAAAUCUGAACAGAUGUACAACACUGACCCGACACAAAAAGCUGAAAACAAUUGGAACUAAGAAGUCAAGUCAUUUUCCCUCUCUUUUGUGUUUUUCCAAGAAGCUGAAAAAAUUCCUUGCUGUGCAUGCAUUGUUUUUUUCCUAGAUAGAAGCACCGUUAGCCUUAAUGAUGGGGUCUCCCAUGUACCGAAAAGAAAAUAUGCCUAGUGGGACAUGGAGAAGAGUGUAAAGAAAACAUAUAUACAAUAUUUAAAUAAUCAGUCCUUACCUACAACAUAUUUGAAUUGUAUAUUUAUUUUUAAACAUAUUUUGGUUCAAGCUACGAAACAAAGUCAUUUUACUAUGAGAGUUAUCCUCUAAAAUCAGUAAUGAAAUGAUCUGUAAAGUCCUGUGCUUUGCUAAUUGGAACAGUAAAUCCACAUAUUUUCCACAGACUGCUUAUUUUGAAGUUUGUUUCUAAACCACAACUUGACCAAUUUUCAUGGGUAACUGGGAGUGUGGCCCACACUCACUGAGUUUGCCCACGAGUCCAUCAAGGAGUGUUUCAUUUUAAGAAGCUGUGUGGACACAGGGUGGACAUUGACAAGUUUGUCCUCUCUUGGGUCCAACCUGAUAACUGACUACAUUAUUUUAGGGAGUGUGUGAAAAUAAAGCCGAAUUCUUCACUGAGGCGCUGAUACCUUUGAUGUAAUUGCUUUGUCCAUUUGGACAUAAUUGGAGAAAAUUUACUUUCAAGAAAGAAAAUAGUUGGUAUUUCACUGUGCUCCCAGUGGAGUCACUCAGGUGCUCUUUAAAGUAUGUCCACCGUCUGACCAGGCAGCAAACUUGCAGUUUCAUUUCUUUAGCAAGCCAGCCUCUGAGCUUGGCUCCCCGAUCUGUGAAACGGGGACGAGGAAACAUGGGUUGCCUUUUCCAAAGGAUAUGUAAGACUGGAGUGAGAUCAUGCAUGUAAAGAAGGCUUGGAAAACUUCCUUGGGUUUGAAAGCUGUAUCCAUAAAAGAUGGACUGCUCUUCUCUGACACUCGACACCUCUGCUGCUCUUGUCUUUCUCUGCAGGAAGGUAGCAACUCUGUGCUUAGUCAUUAAGUUUGAACAGCACAUAGAGAGCUGGUUUAGGAGAGGAGGAGAUAAAUGCUAACCAACACACCCACUCUUCUUUUAGAAUCUUUGUGGCUCUUUGUUCCCAAAGUUUGGGGUUGAUUGAUAGCAUCAUCUCAGUUCUUCUGUAGGCCUACUGAUUUUUUUUUUCGUCUGGUUGCUCUGUCAGAGAGAGGUGUUAAAAUCUCCACCUGUGAUUGUGGAUUUCUUCCUUGAUUUCUGUCAGCUUCGCAUUUUGCAUUCUGAAGCCUUUUAUUAGGCCCCUAUACGUUUAUAAUUUUUAUGUUCUUAUCAUGUGUUAACCGUUUUAUCGUGAUGACGUUUCCUGCUCUAUCUCCAUUCCGUGACUACUCUUCCCUUUGAGGUCCCUUUUGCCUGAUAUUUUUAUGACCGUUCCAGCUUGCUUAUGCUUGCUCUUGGCAUGGUAUGUCUUUUUGCAUCCUCUCACUUUUCAUCUAUUUGUGUCUUUACUUUGGUGAAGUGUCUUGAGUAAGAGCUAAAGAGAGGAGACUGAUCAGAAGGAGCAGUGAGAGCCCUGUGCUCUCCCGGCGUCGGGCUCUGCCUGUUGACGGGACUGUUGAGUUCACUUCUCCUGUAAUGUCCUUGCAGCCAGGGUUUGGCUGAUGGGGUCCUCGAGCCGUCAUUUAACAUGUUUUUCUGUCCUCUUUUUUUUCCCUUCGCAUUUGGAGUUAAAUCAAGAGAUUUUAUCAGAUUCAGUAUUGUUUUUGUAAUAGUACUGUUGUGUAUUUUAUUAGGAGGCAGCUAAUAUCUGGCAUUACCUAGAUCGGUUAUAGCACUCGAGGUUAUAAAAUAGUGAUAUUCUAAUUGUGUCAUUCCUUUUUUUUUCUUCUUUGUGAGGAAGAGCAGCCCUGAGCUAACAUCCUUCA